AUGGGAUCUUAUCUGACCACGUUUAUGCAAACAUAUUGGUCAGAACGAAUGGGCAUUGUGAUCCACGAGCUUGGAGAUUAUCAACUCAGCGAAGAAGAGAUUCAGAACAUUGAGAUGCUGGGUGUGUGUCCCCAGACCCAAGCUGAGACGAGCAGGGAGGACGAAGUCGACGGCGAUUCUUCUCAACUGGAUUACUGGUACCGAAAGCUUGACGCAUUGGUUUAA